AUGAGUGAUAAAAAGCAAGGAGGGACAUCUCAGUCGAAUAAAAAUGCUUCGAGCGAAACGUCGUCAUCAUCAGCAACCACAUUCUCGUCUCCGUACAGACUUCGAGAUCAUUCAAGAAUGCCAUCCAGAUAUAAGGAUUACAUUAACACCACUCAACAUCUUGAACAGAAGCCGUCACCGAGUAAAAUUCAUAAACGAACUCGUCCAGUGAACUCUCCCACGAAACGACCUGCAUCAAGCAGUGCACAGCAAGCAACAGCAACAACAAAUUCGAAUGCGAAGAAAUCCUCAACAUCCCAUCAAGUUCUGCAAAUGGAUGCCGAUAACGACGACGAUAACAGUGCCGAUAACGAUGCCAGACAACGCAGUUCAACCUCAGCGAAUAAUUCGAAACGAAUUUCCUUCAUAAAAAUCCAUCAUUCGCCAUCCGCAACACAACCACAAUCACGGCGAACCAAUAAUUCCCUGUCGGCUGCAAGUUCAGCGCAAGAGAGACUUGCAAGUGCUUCGCCAUCACUAACAACAGCAGCCAUAUCGUCACAAAGACGUAUCACACGUAAUCGUCCUCCUCAAGCUGACCUAACAGAUUCAUUGAAAGAAAAUUUGUGUCGACUUAAAAAUGUUUUGAAAUUACCAAAGGCACGUCGUUGGGUAUACUGUGAAUUUUUUUACUCAGGCGUUGACAGGCAGUUGUUCUUAGGUGAUAAUGAGUUUAUGGAAUUGUUGAACGAGUCAUUUCCGAACCUGAAGUGUUUCAUGUUACGUAAACCUGAGUGGAGAACCAUCCGACGUCUGAUCGGUAAACCGCGACGUUGUUCGCAGUCGUUUCUGAACGAGGAAAGAGCUGCGCUCGAAGCAAAAAGGCAAAAAAUACGUGAAAUCUAUGAAGGCAGUGUAGUGUCAUUAUUACCUCAUUCAAUGGAUUUGCCACUGAAGUUACCGAGACCGUUGAUUGUCGGUGCGAAGAUCUAUGCGAGAGUAAGGCAGCCGAAAGACGGAAUCUAUGCGGGUACGAUAGAUGCAGUCUUGCCGGAUUCUUACCGAGUGGUGUUCGAUAAAGAGGAAAUGAUACCGCCGAUGAUUAUUAAACAUUCCGAAGUUAUGUCUGAGCAAAAGGACGAAUUGUUGACGUUGACGUAUUUUUUGGAACAAAAUCGUGCCGCAAUGCCAACGCAAUUAAUGAAAAUGGGUAAUGCAAGCAUCCAGAAUUACCUUUCGUCAUCUCCGUCGAAUGUAAAUGUCGAUUCGUCGUACGUCAAAACCGAUCCAUUCAUGACUGGCACACAACGCUUCGGUGCUGCUCGAAGAUUACCGAUUAGUAUACGCGAUGAGAAAGUUGGUAAUUUCCCAGUUCGUAUGUUGGUGAUAUUGGUGAAAUUAGCGAAAUUAAUCGAAACAAAACGUACGUUAAUCAGGCAGUUGGCUGAUUUGAAUAGAGAAGCUGAGAAAAUGAAUCUUCUCACAAAUUCAUAUCCUUACGCAUUUCAGGAGAGAUAUGCGCAGUUAGUGGUUGAUAUAGAGACGUUAAACAAGCAAAUGCAAUCCUAUCUGAAUGCCGUGAACGAGUAUAAUACACAGUUGUUACCACAACUCACUGAGGUUCCACUCGUAAUCCGACCAGAUGCACUACGUAAACUGUGUCAGACGCACGCAGUACAAAUAGUGAAGCAUUGUAACAAUGGUUUAAAUGUUCAUAAUAAGCGAAUUCUUAAUUUGAUCACUUCGCUCACCGCUCUCCUCCUUCAAGUUCGUUCGUUGGGUCAGCAGCGCUCAACAGCUCUUGAUUUGAGUACGUUAUCAGACUCGAUACUUGAUCUGCGCAAACAAAUAUGCAGUUCGAAUAUCGCUUCUUUUCAGGAUAAUAUUGAGGUUCAUAUGAAACAUAUUCAUAAUAUGAUGCUUAAUAAUGGUGCUUUUUGA